GCAACACUUGGCUCCAGUGCAAGAAUAUCUUAGUUGUGUUUUUUUUUUUUAUGUACCUACAUAAAUUCAGUCGCAUAUAUUAACUUAUUCAAAAUGUCAAUUUUAUCACAAAACAUGGAGAGCGAUUUGGGUGUGAUCUCCGUUGUCUACUUAUCAAUGUUUUUGGACAAUGUACUUUUGACUGUAGUUGUGCCAAUUAUUCCUGAACAUUUAUACAUACAAUGGAUCACCAAUACAACGCAUUUUGUAACUAAUGUAACUAGAAGAGACCAACCGCUUCUUUCUAGUUCAUUGAUCAAAAUGAAAUCGCAAACAUUGGAAAAUGAAAAUGAAACAAUAGGCAUCUUGUUAUCUUCAAAAGCUAUUAUCCAGUUAUUUAUGAAUCCUUUAGUGGGAAUUUUAACAUCAUACGUCGGAUACAGUUUACCAAUAUUCCUUGGAUCAAUUCUUUUAAUUAUAGUAUCAGUUUUGUUUGCGUAUGGAGAGACUUUCGUUUCAUUACUAGUUGCUAGAAGUCUUCAAGGUACUGCUUCAGCACUAAUCAGUGUUUCUGGUAUGUGUUUAAUUGCUAAUCAAAAUCACAUGUCAGAUUUGAGACGCAGUAAAGUAAUGGGUCUAGUCAUGGGAAGUAUAGCCUUAGGUGUUUUAGUCGGUUAUCCAUUUGGUAGCAUACUUUAUUAUUUUGUUGACAAGUCAACACCAUUUAAUGUUAUAAUAUGUGCCAUAACAUUCAAUUUAGGUCUACAACUUUAUAUUUUUAAUUUUAAUCUCGUACAAAAGGAAAAUUCAUUCAAUGAGAUAUUGCAAUUAAAACAAACAUCUAAUGAUAAACAUCAAAUUCAUUUUAAUAAUGGUAACUGGAAAGAUCUUUUAAAAGAUGGAUAUAUCCUGUUAAUCAUUUUUUCUAUUUGUCUGACAUCAUCUGCCAUGGCUAUUUUGGAACCGUUUUUACCAAUUUGGCUCAUUCAAAUUAUAAACCCAGAAAAAUGGCAGCUGGGUACAGUUUUCAUUCCGGAUAGUCUCGGUUAUUUAAUUGGCACGAAUUUUUUUGGAACUUUGUCAUACACAAUGGGACAAUGGAAAAUGGCAAUACUAGCAACUCUGCUAGUUGGUAUAUCAGCAAUUGUGAUUCCGGCUGCUACGACGACAAUAGGACUUAUUUGUCCACAUUUUGGUUUGGGUCUGGGUAUAGGAAUAGUGGAUUCAGCUUUGGUUCCCAUGCUGGCAAAUCUAGUGGACACCAGACAUCCAAACGUGCAUUAUGGAUCGGUAUACGCACUCCAACAAACAGCCGUUAGUUUAGCAUAUUCCUUUAGUCCUAUUUUUGGUGGUCAAGUGGUUAAAAUUCUUGGAUUUCCAUAUUUAAUGAGAACUGUAGGAAUCAUAAAUAUAUCUUAUUGCUGUCUGUUAGUAUUUUUAAGGAAAGUUUCGAACAACGAAACGGAGAAGAUUAAUAUUGAUACGUCUAUUCCCGAUUAUAAGUCCACAAGUGUUGUAUCAUUCUUUAACAAACAUAUCGCUUAUAAAAAACUCGACGAAAUGGAUGAAAAUAAUUAAAAUCGUUAAUGUUAAUACUAUUAAUAAUUUAACAUUUAAAAGCAAUGGUUAAGUUAUCAGUAUUUACUAUGGGGACGGCAUGAUUCAAAACACGUGUAUAUGUGGCGAGGAUUUGUUACUAAAAAGUAAAAAUGCAGGUGGUCACCCAUCUAGGAAAUUAAUGACAUUAGUCAAUGCUUGAUC